AUGUUUCAUACAAUAGUUACAUUAAUUCUAGGUUUUACAUAUCUACGAACAAUCUCAAGUCAAAACUUGAAUGGAAUAUUUUUAAUUCAUGAAUGUGAAUGUAGUUCUUCAAAGGAAACAUGUGAACCCAAUGGCCCAUUUAUAUUAAAUCAAAAACGAUCGACGCUUACUGUUAAAUAUGGUUCAUUACAAAUUGGUGUUGGUACAUUGGGAAAUAAUCAAGUUGAUUUAUAUUUAAAUCAAAAUCGUUGUAAAGGUUUAUGGGAUGGAAAAAAUCAUAUUGCUGAUUUAAAAUGUCAACAUCAAGGUAAUGUUAUUUGUACCACUAAACUUCGUUGUUUAUCAGGUUCCUGUCUUGAUGAUACAUCAACAGCAAUUUCAUCAGCUCCAAGAAAAGCAACUUACUCUUUUCUAUUCAUGAUUGGUAUAUUAAUCAUGUUAGUUUAG